AUGGGGUUUAGCAAAUCAAUUGUUCUCCUCAUCCUUGCUUCCUUCCUCUUAUCCACCGAUGCUCAUCUCUCGGCUUCGGGUCCUUCAGCAAAUUCUCCCCCAUCUCCAAUCCAAUUUCGCCAACCCCGUCCAGUAUGCAAGAAAUUAUUUCUCCCACAACUCGAUCUUCCCUUCACAUUACCGAAAAUCAUCAAUCCCGCUCUUCAAAGCAUAUGCGGCGUCACUGAAAAUCCCGAAAAAUGUCUUGCCCUAGUUUCUCCAUGCAUAACUGGUUCUACAACUUCCUUUUCUGCCCUUGAGGGAGUGGUGAUAUCUUUGAUUGAACAUGUGCAGGCAGCACUCUCUUUUGCCCUAAAAUUAAGUCUUAAUAAAUCUAUUAAAGCUGAAGUCGCCACUGCUCUUCAUCUCUGUAUCGAACUUUACGGAAAGGUCGUUGAAGAUCUUAAAACAGCUUUGCUUGCAUUGAAAGCUCAUGACAAGGUUACACUUAAGACUAAGCUUACUGCUGCUAUUACAACAAUCGGUCGCUGUGAUGAAGCUUUUCAGCAGCAAGGAUUAACAAACAACUGGCCGUUGAAGAAGAUUAAUUCUGUGUUGACUCUUCUGGCUGGAUUUGGGUUAGAUAUUCAUGGAAAAUUGAAUCUAUAA